UUCGAAAAAUCCCUCUAUGACCUGAUCAAAGGCCUCCGAAACCACAAAGAUGGAGAGGAUGAAUAUGUCCAAAGCUGCCUUCGCGAGUGUAAAGCGGAGAUCAAAUCCCAGGACAUGGACAAAAAGGCAACUGCACUCCUAAAGCUGAUUUACCUGGAAAUGUUCGGCUACGAUAUGUCAUGGGCCUCCUUCCACGUCCUGGAAGUAAUGUCCUCCUCGAAAUACCUUCAAAAACGAGUGGGAUAUUUAGGGGCGGUACAGAGCUUCCGCCCCGAUACGGAAGUGCUGAUGUUGGCAACAAAUAUGUUGAAGAAGGAUAUCGUGUCUCCCAACAUCCCCGCUUUAUCACUACCGCUGGCCUCCUUACCACAUAUUAUCACUCCAUCACUGGCCAUGUCAUUACUGCCUGAUAUUCUCUCUCGACUUUCACAUUCAAGUCCGGUCGUCCGGAAGAAAUCGAUCGUGUGCCUCUACCGCUUUGCGCUGGUAUACCCUGAAGCCCUGAAGCUAGGAUGGCCCAAGAUCCAAGAUCGGUUGAUGGAUGACCAAGAAGAUAGCAGUGUGACAACGGCUGCUAUUAAUGUUGUUUGUGAAUUAGGUUGGCGACGACCUCAUGAUUUCCUUCCACUUGCACCGAGGUUCUUCGAGCUGCUCGUCGACAGCGGCAAUAAUUGGAUGGCUAUUAAAAUCAUCAAGCUAUUCGCGACUUUGACACCUAUAGAGCCACGGUUGACCCGCAAGCUGCUGCGCCCGUUGGUCAACAUUAUUCAAACCACAUCGGCAAUGUCCCUGCUCUACGAGUGUAUCAACGGGAUAAUUCAAGGUGGGAUCCUAGAUGGCGAGGAAAAUCUUCAAGAAAGAGAUGACGUUGCAACUCUUUGCGUUGGGAAGCUCAGAGGGAUGAUCGUCAUCGACUCUGAUCCUAAUUUGAAAUAUGUCGCUCUUCUAGCAUUGAACCGUAUUGUUGCCACACACCCUACGUUGGUGUCUAUGCAGCAGGAUGUGAUUAUGGACUGCUUGGAUGACCCAGACAUUUCUAUUCGGCUACAGGCACUGGAGCUCGCCGUUGGGAUGGUAACGAGUGAAAACCUGCAAGCGGUGGUAGAGCGCCUACUAGAUCAGCUUCGACUGGCUACGCUUUCCUCCCAAGGUAAUGGACAUGAGCUGGAGGCAGUCCCAUCCGUCCACCCGGAAUUUGAUGAUCCGGAAGGGUCGAAGACUUCAGACGUCAGUAUCAACACUGCGGUCACCUUGCCAAACGACUACCGAAGUGAAGUCGUUCAUCGCAUCUUAGAUAUUUGCUCCCAAAACAAUUAUUCGGAGGUUGUGGAUUUUGAGUGGUACGUCAAUAUUCUGGUUCAACUCAUUCGUCUCCUACCACCAUCAGAGGUGGAUGAUUCUUGGAACUCGGCCUCUCCAAACCAGGAGGCUGCCGCGCCCUCGAAAGUGAGCACUGCUUUCCGGAUUGGAUCUGAAAUACGCAACAUUGCCGUUCGUGUGAGAGGGGUACGGGUAGAGGCGACGAGAGCCGCCGAGUCGCUUCUACUAAUCGACAAUCGAUCAACUUUCUUCCCGGCUGGGUCGAUUGUCGGUAAUGACGUUCUAGGCCCCAUAUCCUGGAUUGUGGGUGAAUAUGCAAACGAUCUUUCCUCGCCUAGUCGGACUCUUCAAUCCUUGAUCGACCUCUCCAACGUCACCCUGCCCGCGAGAACACUUCAGUUAUUCUUGCAGGCCAUCCCAAAGGUCUUUGUACGAGUGAAUUGCGAUGCGGUAUCGAGCGAUCUGUGGAAGACUGAGACAUCUCUCCUUUUGGCAAGAGUCGUGGAGUUUCUCGAAGCAUUGUCAGCUCAUCCCGACUUGGACGUACAGGAGCGGGUUAUCGAGUUUCUGGAGAUUCUCCGGUUGAGUACCGAAGCACUGCGUCCUGAUGUCCAGGAAAUGCCUGUCCUUCUCGCCUCCGUCCUUCCCAGUCUCUUCAUGGGUCUGGAACUUAAUCCAGUCGCAUUCAGUGCCCAAAAGAAGGUGGUCUUGCCUCCAACUUUGCAUCUGGAGGAAGCUUUCAAUGAUGAUCUACAGACUCUGUUUCAACGAUUGGACAACUCUCAGUUUGACGCAAGUCAGCGCGGCGGUUUGCAAGAUUUCUACUAUGUCCCUGACCUCGCUAUUCCACCUACUAAAACAAGUCUUGGUAUUACGUCUAUCGAGAUUCAUCCCGACAGUUCAUACCAGAAUGUCAUUCAAGGCCUGACAGAGUCCCCCGGUGCAACGGAGAGGCGAAAAACUGAGCGCAGAGAACGCUACAAAGACGAUCCGUUCUAUAUUGCCUCCCUGGACAGUCGUUCGGGCACAUCAACGCCUCCAUUUGCCAACAAUUCGGGCGCUGACCCGCUAGACAUUGAUUCCAUUCCCAUUGUUGACUUGAAAUUAGAUUCCAGUCUACCAAAUCGUAUGGAUCGGGAUGUUUCUAGAGUUCGCCAGGGACGACAUAGAAAAAUGGAAGUCGCAGCUGACGAGACUUUCGGAACUGAGGAAGCCCCAUCCAGCAAUUCACUGGUUGGCUCGGCCGGUGGUUCAUCCAGCGCGAAGCGCUCACUACUACAGGUGGAUUCGAGUGGCCUGGGGCAUCUUUCACUAGCAAGCAACGACGGGCCUGAAGCCAUCUUGGCGGAGGAUGACGGCGACGUUGAGAUGAAGAAGGCAAUGCGAAAUGUGGAGCAGAUGCGUUUGCGCAUGCAGCGGGCCUCGGAACGCAUUCAAUUGGAAGGGAUUCCGACCGAAGGAACUCUCGUCAAGAAGAAGAAAAGCAGAAAGAAGGUCACAUCCUCGUCAACCCCAGAGGUUAACAUUGAUGACGGCUCCUCCCAACCAGCAGAGUUGAAGAAGAAACGGAAGGAAAGGAAAGAGAAGUCAGCCAAAGCAAAGAAAGGGCUGCAAACAGAAACAGACAUAGGAGAACCUGCGAGGGGACCGUCGGAAGCUCAUGCUUAG